CAGAAGCGACAGUCAUCGUUCGUGCGAAAUUUGACAUUUGGCUGUCCAUUGGCCGAAUUUGGGCGACAGAACUAAUUCCAGUUUUAUUUUUAAUUUAGAAAUAAACCUUUUCUUUAUUGCAGUAUUAUACUGCAAAAACGAAACGUUUGCUUUUAAAGUUUCCUGUUAAAUACACCGUCGCCAAAACGACUGGCCAAAAUACAAUGGAAGUCGACGAGGAAGAUUUCGAAGUGCCAACAUCGAGUAGCAAGGGUGAAAAGAAGCGUUUCGAUGUGAAAAAGUGGAAUGCUGUGGCAUUGUGGGCUUGGGACAUUGUUGUUGACAAUUGUGCCAUUUGUCGUAACCACAUUAUGGAUUUGUGUAUCGAAUGCCAAGCAAAUCAAGCAUCUGCUACCAGCGAAGAAUGCACAGUUGCUUGGGGCGUCUGCAACCAUGCUUUUCAUUUCCAUUGCAUCUCACGUUGGUUGAAGACACGACAAGUAUGUCCGUUGGACAACAGGGAAUGGGAAUUCCAGAAAUAUGGUCACUAAACCAGAAGAAAUAAUUUUACAAAAAUACCUACGUGCACCACGAGUCACAAGACGUGAUUGUGCUGUGCUGGCUUACUUUCAGAUUAAUAACGUUUUAAGCCGCAAAAGAGCGAUACAUAAGAAAAAAAUACAUUAUAAUUUAACAAACUGAUUUGUAUACAAACUUGCUUAACUAAUUUAUCUUUGAAAUAAAACCAUACUAUUGAAAAGUAA